ACGAAAACACUCACCAAUUUGCACCUUUUCCUCUUAUCUUAUCAGUGCAUCUCACCACAAAAGCGUUCCUUUCAUCGCAUUCGGCCCUCCCAACCAAGAAAUAUGACAAUGGGCGAUGAAACACCCGUCACAUCGUUAAUACUUCCCGUUCUCAUACGCCCCAUUCUGUCCCAGCUCGAAAAGCAGGACAUUUCGGCGUCGCAGACCCUCAGAUCGGCGCUCACGAAGGCCGAAGCGUCGUACCCGGGCCUGACCCAUGACCUGGUUAUCGGGAUUUUGCACAAGGGGGACCUCACAGUUAACCUAAACGAGAGCAUACUGCGUCUGCAGGGGGCGGCGUCCGAAACAGACGUUGUGGAGUACCGGUUGAACCGCUCUGAAGACGCUUUCCAGGAGCUGAACAGGAAAUCGGCGGCGUUGAAGCGCAUUUUGAGUCGAAUCCCGGACGAGAUUAACGACAGGAAGACGUUCUUGGAGACGAUUAAGGAAAUUGCGAGUGCCAUUAAGAGGUUGCUGGACGCGGUGAACGAAGUGAAUGGGUUUAUUCCAGGGAGCACCGGGAAGCAGGCGCUGGAGCAGCGCAAGCGGGAGUUUGUUAAGUACUCGAAGCGGUUUAGUAACACUUUGAAGGAGUAUUUUAAACAAGGACUUGCUGAUGCAGUAUUCAUAAGCGCGCUCUACCUCAUCCACCAGACAAACAUGAUCAUCGCGACGGUUAAACAAAAGUGUGAAUAGAGUGUUAUUUAUUUAUUAGAUUGUUGAGUGGGUUUUUUAUGAGUUGAGUAAUUCCGCCGGCGCCAGCUGGACUAAACUACUCCUGUAAAGUAUAGAGAAGAGUGCAAAUGGCAGAUUUAUUUAAUUUAGAUAGUAUAUUUUAAGAUAAAUAUGUCAAAUGUAUUGAUAAAUAUAUAUAAAUUAAAUAUUUUAGGACA